CGGGGGCCCGUGAGGGGCCAUGGGCAACGCCGAGGGCCGGGCCCCGCGCCGGGCCCAGCCCCGCGGCAACCCCGGCAGCUUCGAUGAGCUGCACCGGCUCUGCAAAGAGGUGUUCCCGCCGCAGAUGGAGGGGGUGAAGCUGAUCGUCACCAAGACCCUGAGCAGCCACUUCCAGGUGACACACACGGUGCACAUGAGCACCCUGGGCCCCUCCGGCUACCGCUUCAACGCCACCUUCGUGGGGGACCGCCAGCUGGGGCCCACCGAGGUGUUCCCCAUGCUGCUCGGGGACAUGGACAGCAGUGGCAGCCUCAAUGCCCAGGCCCUGCACCUGCUGGGCGACCACCUCCGUGCCAAGGCCGUGUUCCAGACACACCAGGCCAAGUUUGUGACGUGGCAGUUCGACGGCGAGUACCGGGGCGAGGACUGCACGGCCACGCUGACCCUGGGCAACCCCGACCUGCUGGGGGGCUCCGUGAUCGUGGUGGCACAUUUCCUGCAGAGCGUCACCGCCCGCCUGGUGCUGGGCGGGGAGCUCGUGUACCACCGGCGGCCCGGCGAGGAGGGAGCCAUCCUCACCCUGGCCGGGAAAUACUCGGCCCCAAACUGGGUGACAACGCUCAACGUGGGCUACGGGGGCGCCCAUGCCAGCUACUACCACCGGGCCAACGAGCAGGUGCAGGUGGGUGUGGAGCUGGAGGCCAACACGCGUUUGCAGGAGAGCACCUUCACCUUCGGCUACCAGCUCACCCUGCCCGGGGCCAACGCCGUCUUCAGAGGGCUCCUGGACAGCAAUUGGAGCGUGGGGGGUGUCCUGGAGAAGAAGCUGCCGCCGCUGCCGGUGACGCUGGCGCUGGGAGCGUUCCUGAACCACUGCAGGAGCCGCUUCCACUGCGGCUUCACCGUCACCGUGGGAUGAGCCCGGGGACAGGGACAGCAGGGACAGCAGGGACAGGACAGGGGGGACAGCAGGGACAGGACAGCAGGGACAGCAGGGACAGCA